AUGUUCUCGUUUCUGACCUUGGAUUCGGUCACAUCCCUCGGCCCCAAAUCACCCUACGGCGCAAAGUCUACAUUCUUACAAGCUCCAAGGGCCCCUACAGCAUCGUACACCCCCAAUGCAUGGACAUUGGACUCGUUCGAAAUUGGCCGUCGCCUUGGGAGGGGCGGGUUUGGACGCGUCUACAUGGCUCGAACCAAGGAGGCUCCCAAGUUUAUUCUCGCCCUGAAAUGCCUGUACAAGGCUGAACUGAAAGAGGAACAUGCCAAGGAGCAAUUGUGUCGUGAGAUGGAAAUUCAGAAGGAACUGCGACAUCCGAACGUCUUACGCCUCUAUGGAUUUUUCCAUGACGAAAACCGGGUUUUUUUGAUGUUGGAACUCGCACCGAAGGGAGAUAUCUUCAAGCGCCUUACAACACUUGGACGUUUCUCAGAAGAGCAGGGAAGUCAAUACAUUUCUCAGGUGGUGGCUGCAUUGCAAUAUCUACAUAGCAAGCAUGUCAUCCACCGUGAUAUCAAGCCUGAAAAUCUUCUCCUUGGUCUUGAUGGAGAGGUGAAGAUAGCCGAUUUUGGAUGUAGUGUCCAGCAAACAGUAAUCGUAUUGACACGACCCACCAGCCGGAUGACAUUCUGCGGCACUCUCGGUUACAUGGCCCCUGAAAUGAUUGCAGGGGAACCCUGCACGGAGAAAGUGGAUCACUGGGCACUGGGUGUCCUUGCUUACGAGUUUCUUGUUGGCAAUGUACCCUUCGAAGCGAAUAGUUUCAUAGCAACAUGCCAACGGAUUGUGUCGGUGGACUUGGAACUUCCCAGUCACAUUUCCCCAGAAGCUUGUGACUUCAUCGAACUUCUGCUGCACAGAGAGCCUGAGAGGAGGCCUCUUCUUAGCGAUGCAGCGAGUCACCCUUGGAUAACAGGUGAUCGUUUUUCACCGGAACUUUAA